UCGUUUGAAAACCCUACUAAGAUGUCUUUAUUUGGUUGUUGUUUUUCAGUCAGCAUAGAUGUGCCCUUCACUGUCUACAGUAUCCAACAAUACUGUGCAUUUUGCUACAGUAGUCUACAAAUACUGUCUGAUUUAAUUUCUUUCACCCUAUGAUUCCAUUGAUCAGUCUCUUAACUGACACAGAGUCUGACGCUUUAGGUUCAACUGUUUGAUACACUCAGAGGUCAAGGGUCUUGGGCUGAGUAACUAUGAUGACGUCCUAAUCCAGCGAUGAUUCCCUGACCUCGUCCCAUGGAGAAGAAGUCCUGCAGUGUAUUCCUGCAGCCAGCUGCUCCGGUCAUGUCCUUCGUCCCGCCGGAGAGUUCCCAGCCCGUGUCUGAUUGGCUGAAUGGCCUCCGGCUCGACCAGUACUGCCCGGCCUUCCGGGAGGCGGGGCUGGGAACGUUGUGGGAGUGUCAGGAUCUAAGCUCCGCCCAGCUGCAGCGGAUGGGUGUGGCUCUGCCCGGCCACAGGAAGCGGAUCCUCGGCAGCCUGCGCAAGCUCCUCCCCUCGGCGGCAGGAACGGAGGAGGACGAGGAGCGAGAGGAGGACAAGCCCGUCGCCCGAGAGAGGACCAAAUUCAGAGCGUCGGAUGUAAAACAGCAAACGGAAAACAGCGUCACCGGUAAGCGUCCGCCUCCUGUCCCGCCUCGAGUCACGCCCAAUCGACCUCCCGUUCCCUUCACGCCUGGAUCGGGAACCAUGGCAACCGCUCCUGAGCCUAUCAGCAUCCCUGAACAAAAGGAAACGCCCACACCUGCCGAACAAACCAAGCCCAUCCCAACUCCCAGGCCACGCCCAGAACACCUGCCUCUUAAAGGGCCGGCGCAGCAACUCCAGACGAGCGAGAGGAGACCGUCUCUUGUGUCUCCCUCUUCCUCCUCCUCCUCCUCUUCAUCAUCGGAGCGCUUCCACCUGUAUGAACAGUGUUUGUCUCCCACUCAGGGAGAAGUGAACGCUCCUCCUCUUCCUCCUAAGAGCUACGCUGUGGGCGUCUCUAAAGAGCCCAGAGACGGUCCGUACAGACCCCCUGUUCCACCUCCUCGCGUCUCCGUCUGCUCCAGGACUACGAAUCCCAGAAGCACGUCAUCCGGAAGCCCGCCCACAUCCAGCGCUCCUGCAGAUGAUCCGUCAGACACGGAUCGAGUCCCAGAAGUCCCGCCUCGGAUCAUUAGACCUCUGAACGAGAGCCAAAGGAGAGACGUCCCACCGCCGCCGAACAAAAACAAGUUGGAUUCAGAUGAAAGUUCAGAUGAAUAUGACGAGCGCGAGCCCAGCAGAGACGCUAAACUCAUAGACAUGGCCAGCAAGAUGUCUUUGAUGGUUCCCAAGGCGACGAAACCCCGUUACAACAGCUUGUGCAGCGACGACGAGCUUCUGGACGAUGACACCAACUGUUACGAGUCUGUAUCCGUCAAACGGGGUUCUUGGAUCGAUGACUUCGAUUCGAUCUCCAGUUCUCAGAACAGCAUCUACCUGCCAAUCACAGGCCACGUCAGUGCUCCGCCCCCUCGGGAAGACCCCGCCUCCACCAGCGUCCCUGUGAUUAAAAUGGGCUGGCUGGACAAGAAUCCUCCUCAGGGAUCUCUGAUCUACCAGCGCCGCUGGGUCAAACUGGAUGCCGAAUACCUGAGAUACUUCGACAAUGAGAAGGACAUCUACUCCAAGAGGAUCAUACCUACAGUGUCCAUCACUGGCGUGGUCAACGUGGGAGAGCAGAAGUUUGAAGUGGUGACGCACAAUCGCACUUUCCUGUUCCGAGCUGAGAGCGACUCGGAGCGGAGCGAGUGGGUGAUGGUGUUGAAGAGCUGCGUCGGGGUGUCUCGUGCGCGCACCAGUCUGGAUUUGACCUUUAACCCCUGCGUGAGUUACGAGAUGAAGGGUUAUCUGGAGCUGCGCGGCCUGCGCUCUAAACUCUACACGGUGGUGUGUGCGGAUAAAGUCUUCCUCUACAAAAACACAGAGGAUUAUCGUCUGGGAAUCGGCAUCACCUCUAUCGAUAUGAAUGUUGGUAAUGUGAAGGAAGUGGAUCGGAGAGCGUUUGAUCUGACCACACCGUACCGCAUUUUCAGUUUCGUAGCGGAUACGGAUCAGCUGAAGGAUCAGUGGGUGGAGGCCAUGCGCAACUCUAUCGCAGAGGCCUUGUCCAAUUACGAAGUGGCUGAGCGGAUCUGGGCGGAGCCGUCCAAUCAGAUAUGUGCCGACUGCAGCACUGACAAACCUGAGUGGGCCGCCAUCAACCUGGCCGUGGUUUUCUGCAAGCGAUGCGCAGGAGAGCAUCGUGGUCUCGGUCAGAGCAUAUCUAAAGUACGCAGUCUCAAAAUGGACAAGAAGGUGUGGACGGAAGAUCUCAUCCAGCUGUUCCUCGCUCUAGGAAACGAACGAGCCAAUCAGUUUUGGGCGGCGAACGUCCCGCCCAGCGAGGCCUUGACCCUGAACAGCAGCAGCGAGGAGCGACGCCGCUUCAUCACCGCAAAAUACCGCGAGGGCAAAUACCGCCGAUAUCACCCGCUGUUCGGAAACCAGAGAGAACUCAAUAACGCGCUGUGCAUUAACGUUCAGUCGAGCGAUGUGUGCGAGACGCUAGCGCUGGUGUUCUGCGGCGCCGAUGUGAGCUGUGACACCGGCGACCCUGAGCUGCCCUCCCCGAUCGCUCUGGCCCAACACCACGGACAGAACCUGCAGCUGGAGUUCCUCACGCAGAACCGCAACACAGAAGUCCCGAGGUCAGAGGUGAAGGUUGCAAUAGACAGGGUGCACUACAUGGCCCCGACUUCCGUCACGCAUAAUGGGUUUCUAUUUAAGACCGCCUCCAUGGCUCGACCAAUCACAGAGAAGAAGGGAAAAGAAGAGUUCAGUCGGCGCUGGUGUGUGCUGAAUGACGGGAAUUUUAGCUACUAUGAAAGUGACAAAAACGCUACACCGAACGGAGGACUGAAGAUGAAGGAGAUCGUCUGUCUGGCUGUCAACCCUCCUGAGACUCAUGGGUACGAUCACACGUUUGAGCUGUACUCGGACGCCGAGCGCUUGUAUCUGUUUGGCACCGAUAAUCCUGAGACCAUGCGCGAGUGGGUCAAAUCCAUCGCAAAGUCGUUCAUUCCCGCGGGUGCAGAGGAUCUGUUACUGAAGGACUUCGAACGCAUCGGCCGGCUGCGUUAUAAAGACAGACUGAACCGGGAGAUGUCGAGAUUGGGCUGGUUCUGUCUGGUGGGGUCCAGCCUGCACAUCCGGCUGGAGGAGCACACCGCAGACGAGACCAUCGACCUGCAAAAGCUCCUGGAGCUCUCGAUCCAGCCGGAGAAUGAGGUUCUGGUUCUGGUGGAACGAGGCAGGACGCUGUACAUCGAGGGCGAGAGGAAGCUGGAUUUCCAGGGCUGGGCGGCGGCCAUCCAGAGGGCUGCUGGGAGUUCUGGAGACACACUGAGUCAGCAGCAGCUGACGGAGGCUGACAUCCCCAUGAUCGUGGAGCGAUGCAUUCAUUUCACCACACAAUAUGGUCUGACCUCAGAGGGAAUCUACCGUAAGAGUGGCGUGAACAGUAAGAUCGCCGCCCUGCUGGAGGAGUUCAGACGCGACGCCCGAUGCGUUUGGCUGAAGGAAGGUGAACAUCAGGUGGACGACGUCUCCAACGUCCUCAAGCGCUUCUUCAGAGACAUCGAGGAGGGAUUGUUUGGCCAGGAGGCGCACAGCUGGCUCAGCGCUACAGCUUUUUCAGAUGAGAGCAGUCGGAUCUGUCAGUAUCGUCUUCUGUUCAGUAACCUUCCUCGAGUCAAUCAAGCCACACUACGAGCGCUAGUUAAUCAUUUAUACUGCGUCCAGCGGUUUGCGGAUCUCAAUCAGAUGAAUCUUCACAAUCUGGCCAUUGUGUUCGGACCGACUCUCUUCCAGGCGGACGGGAAGGACUACAGCGCCGGCCGAGUCAUCGAGGAUCUCAUCCAACACUACGUCACUAUAUUCGAUGUAAACGAGCUGCAGCUGAAGAAGCAGUUAGAUGAGAUCACAUACAUCAUAAAGCUCAGAGACAACCUCACGCCUAAAGCGGGAACGGGCAGUGGUGAUUUUAUCUGUACAGUUUACCUGGAGGAGAAGAAGGAAACAGCCGAACAGCAUGUAAAGAUUCCUGCCACGAUGACGGCAGCUGAACUGACCUUUGAGAUUCUGGACAGACGGAAAAUCACCGUUAAGGAGAAAGACUACUGGUGCUGUUUUGAGGUGAACGAGAAGGAAGAAAUGGAGCGGCCGCUGCACUAUCAGGAGAAAGUUCUGCCCAUCUUUCAUUCUCUGGGCACCGACAGUCACCUGCUGGUCAAGAAGCACUUCUCCAUGGAGGCCAUGCUGGUUUAUCUGGCCAGUAAAGUGGAGGUGUCCAAACACGGUAUGAUGAAGUUCAGAGAGGAGAGGAGUCUGCUGGGAUUGAGCACCGGGAGCUUCAAUGACCGAUACUUCAUCCUGACCAGCACCUCGCUCAGACUCUAUAAAGAAGUCCGGAAUCUGCAAAAGCUGCAAAGCCCAGAGCUGCAGUGUAGUAAUCGUCCAGAGAGAGAGUGGCCCGUCAAGUGUCUAAAAGUCUAUCAUGGCAUUAAAAAGAAGCUCCGUCCACCAACAUGUUGGGGUCUCACAGUCGUCUAUGAAAGUGAGAAACAGGAAAAGCAGGAGAGACAGCAGUGGUAUCUCUGCUGUGAUACACAGAAUGAAAUGAGGGAAUGGUUCGCUACCUUCAUGAGCAUACAGAACGGAGGUCGUGUUUGGCCGGCGGAGUGGUUAAAAUCUCGCGCGGCGAGUCGCUCUGUGCCGCUGGACACUCGCUUCGGUAACGUGUCUCUGAUUCCUCUGCGCGGCAGUGAGAACGAGAUGAGGAAUAGUGUCGCCGCUUUCACCGCCGAUCCUCUCGCCCUCUUCAGAAAUGUUUGACGGAGUGAAUGUUGUUCAGGAACUGCAGGUGUGUGCGGGUCACAGUCACAUCAGGCCGUUGAUUGCUCGGAUCCGGAUCAGUUCAUUCCGUCCGGAUCUUCUCGCGCACUUUGACCUUCACAGAGGUGACAGCACCUUACAGCACACGCCACUGCUCUAAUCCAUCACUCUUUCCUGAGACGCACAUUCUGGGACAUCAGACUGUUACUGGACUCCAUUAUCGUGGAUCAUUGUGAUGUUGAAGGCUGGGAUGGAUUUGUUUUUUAAUAUGUGUUCAGAAGACAGCAGCGUCACACGAGGGGCGUUUAGUGUCCAUCUAACCCAUUUAAACACUCUAGGCGUCCGGUCGGACCAAACGGACUCAUGUCUGACACACACGUGUGUUUUCUGUUUAACCUUUACACUUUUACAGACUUUAUAACUUAUUUCAGCCUGUUUUAAUGUCAAUCAAACAGAAUCACAUCAAGAACUUUAAAGGUCAGAUGUCACGGAUCACUCCAUAGAGAGAGAGUUUAUGUGUGUGUGUGUUUGUGUGAAUGAGAGAGAGAUUAAUGGUGCAUCCACAUCAUGGCAGAAUUACCAUUUACAUAUAUAUAGCAAUAUUAUAUAUUGUAGCAAUAGCCAAAAAUACAUUGUAUGGAUCAAAAUGAUAGAUUUUUCUUUUAUGCCUAAAAUCAUUAGGAUAUUAAGUAAAGAUCAUGUUCCAUAAAGAUAUUUUGUAAAUUUCCUACCAUAAUUAUAUAAAAACUUCAUUUUUGAUUAGUAAUAUGCAUUGCUAAGAACUUCAUUUGAACAACUUUAAAGGUGAUUUUUCUCGAUAUUUAGAUUUUUUUGCACCCUCAGAUUCCAGAUUUUAAGUUGUAUCUCAGACAAAUAUUGUCAUCAUAACAAACCAUACAUCAAUGGAAAGAAUAUUUAUUCAGCUUUCUGAUGAUGUAUAAAUCUCAAUUUCACAAAAUUGACCCUUAUGACUGGUUUUGUGGUCCAGGGUCACGUGUGUGUAUAUAUGUAUAUGUAUAUGUAUAUAUAUAUAUAUAUAUAUAUAUAUAUGUAUGUAUAUAUAAAUGCUGAUUCUGACAUGUGAACAUCCCAUAACUGUGUGUGUGUUUUAUUUCUGUAUGUGUGCUUGUGUUUGUAUCAGUGUGUGUUUUUCAUGUUGAAUCUUGUAGAAAAUGAAGCUAUCAUGUUUUGUUGAUAUUGCUGUAAUAUAACUUUAUUCAUAUGAUUAGCCUUUAUAAUUUAAUCGUGAUGAUUCACACAUUAACAUUCGAGAAAUCAGAGAAACAUUGCUUUAGUUUACACACACACACACACACACACACACACUGAAACACAAGCAGAGUGAAUCAUCCGUGUUUAAUGAUUGACGCUCACAGACUGUAAACGCAGCAUCGUUUAUCUGAUUGUGUGAUUGAUUCAAUUAGUGUCUCGUUUUAUGUGAAAUUAAAUCAGGUGGCGUAAAUGAGUUUGCACAGUUCUUUUCCCUCGGUUGUGUUCAUUUAAGAGAAUCAGAGUUUCUGAAGAAUCAUAUGCGAUUCACACUUUUAUCUGGCAAAUAUAGAUUAAUACAGUUUUUAUGACUCUUGAAGUAUUAUCUGAAUGUCACGUUCAUAAAUCAGUCAUAUACAGACGAGUUUGACGUGACAUCUGGAAAAUAUAGAUUUGUUUACAUAUUAAAGUCAAAAUUUACUGAUAUGACUUUUUCUUUCUUUAGUGGAACAUAAAAGAAAAAUGAAAUGUAGUUUUUUGAAAGUCGUUGAGCUCCAGUGUCGUUUAGACCCCAUUGUCUUUCUUUUUAUGUGCUUUCAAUAGAAGAAAGUCAUUUUUGGCUGAACUAUUGUUUUAAAAUGUGUACUUUUGAGAACAGGGUGUUUAGUGUCUAAUGAAGUGAUUAUUUUGACAUAAGCAUAUUGAAUUACUGUGAGAUCAUAACUUGUUUUAUGUCUUUGUACAUGUUUUGCUGUAUUUGAUCAGUGUGUAAAAAUACCAUAAUUUUAAACAUU